GCACUGUUUUUCUUUGCUCUGUUUCUCCUACUCAUCAGCUCAAAGAAAACUCAGCCCCGCCUUAUUUGUCAGCUGCAAGCCCUGCUAGGCCAUUUCUAUAUUUUCUACGCAACACCCAUUAUCUGUUCUGUUUUCUGGUACACCUGCAGGAAUUUCUAAUCGUAUACACACUUCAACUCCGUAGUUGAACCUUCCAAUCUUACGCGUCAUUUGAAUUGCACUCAACCCAUUCUUGAUACGCAUAGACGCAGAUUUGGAUACGUAUUCACUCGUAUUCAUUGAGCAAUUACAUUUGUCAUCUGGAACAAUUCGGGAUAAGGAUACGGCUAUGGAUAGUGGACGAGGGGGACAUGACAUUGAAGGCUCCGAGGACAAUGCAGUUUUCUCGCCGGGAUCUCUGGGGCGCAGCAAGUAUCGUCCUGUGGUGGCGCACGACAAUGAUCGGGCUGUGCUUGAAAUGUCCUCUAUUGAUCUUGGAUCUUCCUCUUCUUCAUAUCCUCCUCACGAUCUCAAGAAAAUUAAAGUGGGGGAGGGACCAAAGACAUCCUCUAAUGGCAGAGACGAGUCUUUACCUAAUCAUGGGAAUGUGACCCAGGCAGAGUCCAAAUUAGAAUUAUUUGGCUUUGACUCUCUCGUCAAUAUCCUAGGUCUUAAGAGUAUGAUAGGGGAUCAAAUGCCAAGCCCAUCACGUCUCCGUGAUGGGGAUGAUGCAACUAUCACUAUUGGCCGCCAAAGGCCUGCUGCUGUGAAGUCGGGAACAAUGAUGGGAGUUUUUGUGCCAUGCUUGCAAAAUAUUUUGGGAAUCAUCUACUAUAUAAGAUUUUCCUGGAUAGUUGGAAUGGCUGGUAUUGGGGAGUCAUUGAUGCUAGUGGCCUUCUGUGGUUCCUGUACUUUCCUCACUACAAUUUCACUCAGUGCUAUUGCAACUAAUGGUGCAAUGAAGGGUGGUGGACCUUACUAUCUUAUUGGGCGAGCAUUGGGCCCAGAGGUUGGGGUCAGUAUCGGACUGUGUUUUUUCCUGGGGAACGCAAUCUCUGGAGCAAUGUAUGUAUUGGGAGCUGUAGAGACGUUCUUGAAUGCUGUACCAGCGGCAGGAAUUUUUAGAGAAACGGUCACGAGAGUUAAUGGCACAGCGAUUGCCGAGCCCAUCACGAGACCUAGCUUGCACGACUUGCAGAUUUAUGGGGUGGUCGUGACUAUUAUUCUAUGCUUCAUAGUAUUUGGGGGCGUCAAAAUGAUCAACCGUGUUGCACCAGCUUUCCUUGUUCCUGUUUUAUUCUCAUUAUGCUGCAUAUUUCUUGGCAUAUUUUUGGCGAGGAAGGAUCAUCCAUCAGCGGGAAUCACGGGACUGAGUUUGGAAUCUUUCAGAGAUAACUGGAGUUCUGAUUAUCAGAUGACUAAUAAUGCUGGAAUUCCAGAUCCUAACGGGAAGAUAUACUGGAGUUUCAAUGCAUUGGUAGGUCUGUUUUUUUCCAGCUGUGACAGGCAUCAUGGCAGGCUCUAAUCGUUCAGCCUCACUGAAAGACACCCAGCGUUCUAUUCCCAUCGGAACCUUAGCAGCCACUGUGGCAACCACCAGCCUAUAUAUUUUUACUGUGUUUUUCUUUGGAUCUGUGGCAACUAGAGAAAAGCUUUUGACUGACAGGUUAUUAACAGCUACAGUUGCUUGGCCUUUCCCAGCCAUUGUUUAUGCUGGAAUCAUUCUUUCCACCUUGGGUGCAGCUCUUCAGAGCUUAACUGGUGCUCCACGGCUUCUUGCAGCUAUAGCUAAUGAUGACAUUCUCCCCGUCCUUAAUUACUUCAGGGUGGCAGAUGGGGGAGAGCCUAAUGCUGCCACACUCUUUACUGCCUUCAUUUGCAUUGGAUGUGUCGUUAUUGGGAAUCUAGAUCUUAUCUCUCCCACGACAACAAUGUUUUAUCUUCUAUGCUAUGGUGGUGUGAACUUAUCCUGCUUUCCUUCUGGAUCUUUUGGAUGCUCCUAGCUGGCGUCCAAGGUGGAAAUUUCAUCACUGGAGCCUUUCUCUUGUUGGAGCAUUGCUUUGUAUAGUCAUUAUGUUUUUGAUAUCUUGGAUGUUCACUGUGGUGGCGCUGGCCUUGGCCACUCUCAUCUAUUACUAUGUCUGCCUCAAAGGAAAAGCUGGAGACUGGGGCGAUGGCUUUAAGAGUGCAUAUUUUCAGCUUGCAUUACGUAGCCUACGCUCUCUGGGAGCAACUCAAGUACACCCAAAAAACUGGUACCCUAUUCCAUUAGUAUUUUGUCGGCCAUGGGGCAAGCUGCCAGAGAAUGUACCUUGCCAUCCUAAACUUGCCGACUUUGCCAACUGCAUGAAGAAAAAAGGAAGAGGAAUGACCAUCUUUUUUUCCAUAAUGGAUGGAGAUUACCAUGAAUGCGCAGAGGAUGCCAAGGCAGCUUGUAAGCAGCUAAGUGCUUACAUUGACUACAAGAAUUGUGAGGGUGUAGCUGAAAUCGUUGUUGCCCCUAACAUGACUGAAGGCUUCAGAGGCAUAGUCCAGACGAUGGGCCUUGGAAAUCUCAAGCCCAAUAUAAUUGUCAUGCGAUACCCCGAAAUUUGGCGACGUGAAAACUUAACCGAAAUUCCCGCCACCUUUACUGGGAUAAUAAACGACUGCAUUGUAGCAAACAAAGCUGUUGUUAUCGUCAAGGGACUGGAUGAGUGGCCUAACGAGUAUCAAAGACAGUUUGGGACGAUUGAUUUGUAUUGGAUCGUGAGAGACGGUGGGCUUAUGCUCCUUCUUUCUCAGCUACUCCUAACCAAAGAGAGCUUUGAGGGUUGUAAGAUUCAGGUUUUCUGCAUAGCCGAGGAGGACUCUGAUGCCGAGGAACUCAAGGCCGACGUGAAGAAAUUCCUUUACGAUCUACGCAUGCAGGCUGAGGUCAUCAUCAUCUCGAUGAAGUCAUGGGAGGAGCAGCAGCAAGAAUCGGUGGAGGCAUUUAGUAGUGCACAGGAAAGAAUUGCUAACUACUUGGCGGAGAUGAAGGAAAAGGCCCAGGGACAGGGUCCAGGGGGGAGUCAUUUGAUGGCUGAUGGGAAGAGUGUGGUUGUGAACGAACACCAGGUGGAGAAGUUCUUACACACGACAUUGAAGCUCAACUCAAUGAUACUGAAAUACUCCAGAAUGGCUGCGGUUGUGCUUGUGAGUUUACCGCCCCCCACCUCUCAACCAUCCUUCUUACUUUUACAUGGAAUAUAUGGACCUCUUGGUGGAGAAUGUACCUAGGUUGUUGAUUGUGCGGGGAUACCGUAGAGAUGUUGUCACAUUGUUUUCUUAGUUUCUCAUAGAUUUGUUAUGUGUUCCCUAAUUACCCAAAAAAGAGGGGGUGUACACAGUGCCUGAUCUCCUACGCAAUUGGAAGGUGGUGGUGGUAUUUAGGCCUCAUUUCUCAUGUUCUUGCGAGGUGGGUUAGAACCCUGGACCUCCAUGACACAAGGGGAAAGUCUUCAGAAGUUGCCCGCCUCAAUUACAAACAAACAAACAUACAUUUUAUGCUUCCUUGGUACAUCCCCUUUUAUUUCAACUGUGUAGUUUCAGAUUUUCAUUGCGUUUCUCUUACCUCUUUGGGGGAUGUAAGAAUUUCUUCUAUAUAGAAUUCAUUCUUUAUAGCGCCAGAGUAUAUGCAUAUCUUUGUUCAUUUUUUGUCUUUUGAGUAAUGACUUGGUGGAUAGGACUUGGUGUAGGGAAAAUACAGGAUAUGAGGGUGAAAUCAAGCGCUUAAUGAAUUCAUUAACCCCUCCCCCCAAUAUAAAAAAUAUUGAUGUAUUUUUCAAUCUGGGAACUUUGAUUCCGUG